AUGCAUGAUACAACUUCAUCUGAUUUCCAAUUGUUUGUUGAUCUUGGUCCAUUACCAGAGAUCAACUUUCAACGUAUAGGGGCUCCAACAGAGUUUGUGGAUAUCGAUAAUAAUCCACUCGAUGAGGAUGACACGGAUGAAGUGGAGGAGGAAGACAUAGAUGAAGUAGAUGGUGAAGAGAUGGAAGAAGUAGUGGAGGAAGACAAAGAAGAAGCAGAUGAGGAAGAUGAAGAUGACAAUGAGAGCAACGCUAAAAUUGAUAAUUUAGAAGAAAUUUAUAAUGAUGAUGAUUAUUAUAGUGAUGAAUAA